UGAUUCGGGUCGAACCGACGUGCCGUAUUUUACCGAAGGAGUCAUCUUACGGCUCCGAAGACUUACGUUCUUUGUCGAUGUGAUCAGCAGGAAGUGCUUGACGUACAACUUCGAAUUUUGAAAAUCCAAGAUGGCUGAAAGUGAGCAGACGCAAAAGAGGUCCCUGGAGAGGUCUGUCAGCACCCCAUUCAGGAUGUACAAGAGAGAGCCCAAUAGGAGAGUAUUUGUGAACAGAGGGUUGAUGCUGGAGAAGGUGAAGUUCUUUGGGUUUGACAUGGACUACACACUUGCAGUAUACAAGUCACCAGAGUACGAAUCCCUUGGCUUCGACCUUUUGAAGAAGCAGAUGGUAGCCAUCGGCUAUCCUGAAGCAAUCAAUGACUUUGAAUAUGAUCCGACCUUUCCAAUCAGGGGACUAUGGUUUGAUUCGCUGUAUGGAACACUGCUCAAAGUCGAUUCUUUUGGCAACAUCCUCGUCUGUGUUCAAGGGUUUCAGUUUCUGCGAGGGCAGGAAAUCCAGGCACUCUAUCCAAGCAAGUUUGUUCAGAUGGACGAGCACCGCUUCCGGAUCUUCAAUACCCUGUACGAGUUGCCAGUGCUGUACAUCAUGGCCUGUUUGGUGGACUUCUUCUGCAACAAUAAAGAGUAUACCAGGAUGAAGACAGGUGUGAAAAUUGGCGACAUCACCAUGACUUUUAAGUCCAUUUAUCAAGACGUCCUUGUUGCCACAGGACAUGUCCAUGGCCCCUCAGGUCCACUGAAAGAGGAAACUGUGAAGAACCUGAGCAAGUACGUCCUGAAAGAUGACCGCCUGCCCGUGCUGCUGGACAGAUUGCGAAGGAAUGGUGCCAAAGUGUUUCUUGCCACAAAUAGUGGCUACACUUAUUCAGAUAAAGUCAUGAGCUAUAUGCUGGACUACCCUCCAGAGAAGUCAACAGACACCAAGCGGGACUGGACGUCGUACUUCGACUACAUCGUGGUGGACGCCAGGAAGCCGCUGUUCUUCACGGAGGGAACCAUCCUGCGUCAAGUGGACCGGGACACUGGAUCUCUGAAGAUUGGAACACACACCGGGCCCAUCAAGACAGGGCAGAUCUACUCAGGGGGUUCCGUGGACCAGUUCUCGGAGCUGAUGGGAACGUAUGGCAGUGAGGUCCUCUACGUUGGGGAUCACAUAUUUGGAGAUAUUCUCAAGUCCAAGAAGAGCCGAGGAUGGCGAACCUUCUUGAUCGUCCCCGAGAUCACCCAGGAACUCCAAGUGUGGACGCACAAGCAGUCCCUGUUCUCCAAGCUGGAGGAACUUGACUGUAAGAUCGGAGAGAUUUACAAAAACCUUGACAGCAGCAGCCAGGUGAAACCGGACAUCAGCCGAAUACAGACAUCCAUUAGGGAAACCACUCAUGAGAUGGAUAUGGCGUAUGGAAUUCUGGGAAGCCUCUUCAGAAGUGGAUCCCGCCAGACAUUCUUCGCCAGCCAGGUGAUGCGGUACGCCGACCUGUACGCUGCGUCGUUCAUGAACCUCAUCCACUACCCCUUCACCUACAUCUUCAGGGCCCCGGCCAUGCUGAUGCCUCAUGAAUCGACUGUAGGCCAUGAUGCUCCUCUUGAAGAUGACACUUCUCUGUGUUUCGCCGACCGGUCCCGCUCCAAUGAGGGAGUCGCUCACAACGAGACCCCGAAACGCUACCGUCUGACCCGUAGCGCUAGCCUCGUGCCCCGCCUGCACGCCCCUACUCCGAGGCAGUUCACCCAAGUUCAGGACGACGACGACGUUGACGGCUUCAACCCUCUCGCCCCAUCUGUUGGAAGUCUAGCAGAAGGGGAGGAGGAGGACAAUAUGUAAAGGGGGAUAACUCUGGGUUAUCCUCUCACGUGGUUGAUGUCAAGUGGCUAGUGUGUUCAUUCAAGGCUCUGGUUGGAGUCUUGCCAUGAGAAGAGAUACUGAACAGAAAAAGUUAUAGAUCAUGACUAUUUCUUAGGAUACUUUUUUGUGUGUGGUCAGUUUUCACAACAAAAAUAUGUCCCAAACUAUUCAUGAUCCCUAACAUUUUUUGUUGAGUAUAUGUGGUGUUCACAAGAGAGUCAUCUUAAACCUCACAUCACCAUGUGGUAUUAAUUCUGGGCCCUGUUCCAGAAAGCGAUCUUAGCACUAAGGUGAUCGUAAGUCCCAUACUCUAACAUAGGUUUACGAUCAUCGUAGCGCUAAGAUCGCUUUGAGGAACAGGGCCCAGGUCUACAGAGGGGCCAUGGUUUGUUUUAUUUUACAAUCUUAGCCAAGCUUCAUAGAAAAUACUCACCUGCAUGUCCCAUGACAUGAUCAGGUUGUUGUGUAUAUUGCUUUAUGAGAGUUACACCGAUAGCUAUCUACUUCUUGUAUUAAUCCAUCGAGCAAAACCUCUAGGAUCAAGGAAACUGUGUUAGUAUAACUCAACAUGUAUUCUUUACAGUUUAAAUGUUAACUGAGUGAAAGCUCGUUUCUUCCUUAUUAUAUUUGAUUAUCAUUUUGAUGUAGUUGAUUACAGUAAGCAAGUUCUACUCAACUUUUAAGUUAAGUGUGGCUGAAUCAAUUUGACCAAAUCUAUCUCAGUGAUGCAGGGUGUGCCAUGCUCUGUUUCCAUGGUUAUUAUUUCUCAUGUCUUGAAGUAUUGUGAUAGCUAAUGGAGAACAGAGUAUCACAAUGUAAUAAAUGCUUUAUUUGGGAUAACAUUUUCCUGGUAAAGUACAAAUUCUAGUACUUUUGGGGGUUGAGUCCCAUCCAGUCAGAAUUACACAGUCAUAUGGAACAUCUGAGUUUGGAAUCUCAUUUUGUGAAAUGUUUUACAGUCUUUAUUGUUUAAGCUUCUCAGUGUUUUUAGUUAGAGAUCAUCUUUGUUUUAAUCAAGUUUCUUAUUGUCUGUUCUGUUUGAAGUGGCGAUCUUGUAGUCGAGUGACCAUGAGAGUGUGUUUUAUGCAGACUGUUACAUAGUUGAGCCAUUCCAGAGAGUUUCGUUGAACUUUGAUGCAACUUUAUGUGAGUUAGAUGCAAUGUAUAAGUAAAUGUACAGAAUAUUCCUCAAUAUUGUCCACUUUUGUAAAUGGCAUAUCGGUACUGACUAGUAUACCUUUGUGAUAUAUAUAUUUUGGCAAAUAUUUUUUAACUACGCAAAAUAAAAUAUGCAUAUUAAUGAGAAAAGCUAUGGUAUGCCGCACACUGCCACUGUAGUACAAAAUGUUUUUGUUUGAUAUUUUUUACAUGUUUGUGACCUUUUCAGACUUCUGCUCACAGUAUCCCAAUAGACUUGUAGCAAUAGCAUGAAGCACAUAUAUAUCAAUUUUAUAUUUUAGAAUGUUCAUUUUGAUAGUUUUACCCUUUUUUCUUUACAACCCAUGUGAUGUGAUAUCUGUUGAUUUGGUAUAUGAUUGAAUCUUAAACUCAACGUGCAAUGAUCACCUCAAGGCCCUGUACCACUUCUUGAUGUUAGUUGUCACACUACUGGUACAUUUCCAUCAUCCAAAAUUUAAUUUUUAAGUUGAUAAAAAUCUCAAAUCGAAUGACGUCAUUAACACUGUCAACAGAUCAGCAUGCAUUCAAAUUGCUCUCUUACCUUCCUGGAGGUAACUUUCUCUUCACAUCAUCUUACCAGGUACCCAUUUACAGCUUGAUGGAAGGCCUUUUCCAAAUGUGUGUGAACUAUAGACUGGGAACAUCCGAACUAUUGACCGAUCAUGUUACAAAUUCUUGUUUUAAUAACCCAUUCUGAAAAGAAUCUCAUGGUAAUACUAAGGCAUCACGGGGCGGUGGGGUAGCCUAGUGGUUAAAGCCUUCGCUCGUCCAAGGUUCGAUUCCCAACAUGGGUACAAUGUGUGAAGCACAUUUCUGGUGUUCCCCGCCGUGAUAUUGCUAGAAUAUUGCUAAAAGGGGCGUAAAAUCAAACUCAUUCACUCACUAAGGCAUCACAUUCAUUUAAAUACAGAAAGUAAUAUGCUGCUGUCAGUAAUAUUUGGGAUGAUAGAAUGAAUGUUGAAAAUACCCGGAUAUUUAUAAUACAAAACCAAGUGUGUUCCCUUUGGACAUGAAGUGUAUGUGCAGGAUGAAUAUCAGAUGUUGUUGCUCUUUAGCCCAUGUCAAUAUUUUAUGAACUUUAUAGCUCUUAUUAUACUGUAUUAUGUGAUGAAAUAAAGAUUUCUAAUCAUG